ACUCUUUGUGCCGGCGAUGGCAGCGAAGGCUGGACGUGCUAGCGGUAAAAGAGUCAGAGCGCAUUAAGGCCUCACGUCUUUCUGAAAGAUGCUCACUAUGCGUCGAUGGCCGGGUCUCGUCCUUAUGUUGGCUGCCUACGCAGCAUUAACCAGUGGCCAGGGGAUGGGCAAAAUCCCGGCCUCUUUCCAAGCUACUGGCCAGGCAUACACGCUCAGCAAAUGUUCACCUGAGGCCCGCUCCAGCGAAUCUUCAGUAGCGUCAGAAUUCAGGGAGAGCUACCUCAAGGAUGCCAAGACGGGACACGGCAGAGCGGCCCUCGUCAUUGACCUCGGUAUUAUGGACACUAUGCGCUACAUCGAAGACGAAGCUCUCAACGAGACCGUACAGAUCAACGACAAGCAGUGCUCCCGGGUAAACGCUGACAUGGUGAACACGUUUAACUUUCACUUACUAAAGGGUCUCAACGGUUCCAUGGUGUUCCCUAUACGUCAGAUGCUGAGCAUGCCUCCGUCCAACGAGAGGCCCGUCACAGGAAAGUGCAGGGAUCAGCCAUGCAUAACGUGGACAUACCGGCGUGUUCCCGUCAAAAGGACGGACGUCGAUGGCGCAGUGAUCGAGACUCACGAUGUCUACUACGCCGUGUGGACCGAUUUUACAGAGAAAAAUUCCUGGCACUCGAUGUCCGCUGAACGCAAUGUUCCUAUUGAGCUCCGAAUGUGUCGCCAGGAAAAAGUCAGGCGGCCAGGUCAAAACAGCACCGAAAUCACCGAGCAGCUCAACGUAAUGGAAAUAAUGCAAUUUACCCACGAACAAGUAAACGCCGAAGAUCUGGAGUACCCAGACGGAGUGUAUUGUGACGGCUUUGUCGCCGAAGAGUGGAAACUGGACGCGUCUCCUCUCACCUAUCUGAGCUACUUGGCGGAGGUCACCUUCGACCGGAAGAAUGGCAGCGCUGUUGCUGACUCACGCGUUCGCAUGGACACCACGGAAAGGCUUUACCGGAUUGAUUUCACCUCAGGGACGUCAAGAAUCAACAAUUUCGCUCUACCAGAAGGCGUGAAAUCUGUGAGCCGCAUAAUUUCUGGAACUCACGAGCUCGUGUUCGAUAUUCAGCACUUGAAGAGGGGAAUGACGCGGUGCCAAAACCGAACGCUGAGAAGACUGCCCUUCAUGAAGGAGUCCAUAAUAGACUUCCAGGAUGUCCCGAGUCUUUCACCCACGCUUUUCUUCGGCACAGAUAGGACGAAAUAUGUUCUCAAGAAGCAAACACGCAAGCGAGGAAUUCCUUGCAACGUGUGGCAAGGCAAACGUACUGAUUGGCCGCCCAGAGCGAAUAUCACCACCGUGUGGGAGUGGUGCGUAGGGGAGCAGAAGGAGAAGCAAAUUUUCGGCAUGUGGGACUCCCCCCGUCUUCCUUUGGUUAGCUUGGAAAUCUACAACACUCACACUCACGAUUCCGUCCCCGGCGGCGAAGGAAGCAUCGAUUGGGAGAAGUUGACUUUUUCCUUCUACCGAGUGGACAGAGCCAACAAGUGGGUCACGGAUCUGCAGGCCUUCGAUGUCACUGACUGCAUGGGAGACAACGUUUACCCAAUGCAGUUCGAAUUGACGUAUCCUGAAGCCAAGUAUGACGACGUCGUGAGCAUCGCCGUCGAGCCGAUCUUCUUGGCCAUGUGUAAAUCGGAGAUAGUGCAGAGUGUGAAGUCGAAGCUCGGAACACUUAGAAUUGGACGCUUGCGCGCUGUAUUCGACGAUGCAAGAAAGCUGUAUAUCCAGUUUUCAUUACUCGAUGGAUUCCCUGCCGUUAAGGAAGAGCCGACGCUUGAGAAAAUGAAUGCUUCACUUCAAAAAGCUGUUGAUGGAAGAUUAUUGAAAAUUAAAGUCAACGUGCCCGGAAAAAAGGAGGAGAUCGAGUUUACUGCCGUGCCAAGUACGCUUCGGAGCACCGACGACGAAGAUUUUCCGGCGGGAAAGGCUUCUAGCAAUAACCGUUUCCAGCCUGAAGAAUCCAGCUGGUCCGGCGUUAAUACGACGGUGCAAAAAGCGCCGCCCGCUCUUUUUUACAGGUCUGAACAACACGGCCAGUCGGUCCUUCCGAAGAACGAAACGGUUGGCUUAGCAAAGACUGCGAGGAUCGCGACCUUUGUGGGUGGAGCGGUUGGACUGUUCGUCGUGGGCGCUCUCGUUGGCGUCAUAUCACUGCGCCUGCAGCGCAUUGUGCGGUAGAAAUGCAAAUAUUAAGAAACCGAACAUACUGUACCAGCCACUUAGCCC